AAUGCCCAUUGACGACGCGCUUUACGUAAAAAACGUAGAAGACAACAUUUCCUGUACAUGUUUCUGUAGUUUGUAAUGGCGGAGCUUAAAGAGGCGGAUGCUAUUCAGCUACACCUGGAGGAUGUUGAUAAUAAAAGUGGGGAGAGUGGAGGUGCACCUUUGGCUUCUGAGCAGACUGCUGAGCAGACACUGAAGAAUGAAACCAGCACAGAUAGUGAUGCCAAACCCUCAACUACAACUGCUGAGAGACACAUCUCCAUCCAAACCAAACUGGAGGGCCUUGAGAUGCUGGUUGACCUCAGUGGUGCUGGACGGAAAUUGUGUCCUCUGUGCCCUGAAGAGAAAUUUAAAGCCUGUUAUAGCCACAAACUCCGCCGACACUUGCAGAACCUCCAUUGGAAAGUCUAUGUAGAGUUUGAAGGCCACAGGAUGUGCAUCUGCCACCUGGCCUGCAGAAAUCUGAAGCCCAGCCUCAGUGGAGAUCAUGCAUUGGGGAGACAUGUUGCUCACUACCACUGCCUAGUGUGUUCUGUCACCAUCGCUAGAAAGACGGACAUGAUCAGCCACUUGAAACGUCAUGUGAAUAAAGGGGAGACUGAGGCUAGCUACUCUGGGAGCUCAGGUGUCCUGUUCGAAGAGCCAAGUUCAUCAGGUCAAGCCUAUGAAAUCAUGAAAGAACUUGGAACAAACGUUCAGCUCCUCCCGAACCACACCACUCCACAGAAGAGUGACACUUACUUCAACCGCAAGAUGAAGACCAACAGGCAGCUGGUAUUUUGUUCAUUGGCUGUUUUGGCCGAGGAGAGAACCCCGCUCGAAUGUCUGGAUGCUUUUGGAGCGACAGGCAUCAUGGGCCUCCAGUGGGCGAAGCACCUUCUUAAUGUCGUGAGAGUUACUAUAACAGAUAUCAGUGAGUCAUGUGUCAAAAUGAUCAAAGAGAAUUGCAAGCUAAACAACAUCCGAGUGGACGGAGGCACACGAGUUCCUCGAGUGUCCGAUGGGGCCAAUGGCGAGGCUGAAGGAGUGCCCAUUGCUACUGUAGAGGUUGCCAAGAUGGAUGCCAACGUCAUCAUGCACCUCCGCCCUUUUGACUACAUUCACCUGGAUCCAUUCGGUACAGCAGUGAACUACUUGGAUGCUGCCUUCAGAAACGUCCGCAACCUGGGCAUCAUCUCUGUGACGUCCACAGACACAGGCUCCCUUUACGCCAAGUCCCCCAACGUUACCCUGCGUCACUAUGGCUGCCACAUUGUACGUACUGAGUACUACAAAGAGCUGGCAGCACGUAUGGUCGUGGCAACUGUGGCCAGAGCGGCGGCGCGAUGUAACAAAGGCAUUGAGGUGCUGCUGGCGGUGGCAUUGGAGCAUUUUGUGCUAGUGGUGGUGAGAGUCCUCAGAGGUCCCAUGCAAGCUGAUGAGUCAGCCAAGAAGUUACAAAAACUGGUGCACUGUCAGUGGUGUGAGGAGAGAGUGUUCCUCAAACAGGGAAACAUGGUGGAUGACACACUACCCUGUAACUGUCAUGGAAGUCUGCCUGGAAAGACAGCAGUGCAGCUGGGACCUCUAUGGUCUGGUCCUCUGUUUAACACAGGCUUCCUGAGGAGGAUGCUGUCUGCAGCGAUGAAGCACAGUAUGGAUGACAUCCAGCCGCUCGUCAAAACUCUAAUCUGUGAGUCUGAGUGCACCACCCUCAAGUCUUUAGUCCAUGGGCCAUCUGCUCUCACCAACCAAGUGGAGUGUGGUGUUGUCAUUAAGACCUUACAGAGCAGAGAGGAGUCAGGUGCUGCUGAUCAGUCUGGAAAGCGGAAGAUUGGAGAUGAGUCUGGGAAUUUGGUGAAGAAGCUUAAGUCUGAUACCUCUCUUGAUCACCCGCCAUUCUACUAUAGCAUCCAUCGCCACAGCAUUCGAGGCAUGAACAUGCCCAAGUUGAACAAGUUCCUUCAGUACCUGACAGAGGCCGGCUUCAGAGUGAGUCGGACUCACUUUGAUCCAACAGGGGUUCGAACGGAUGCUACACUGCUGCAGUUUAAAGCUGUCCUUACAAAGUACAGCAUUCCCACAUGUACCAACGCCAGCACCAUGAGCAUGGAGAAAACCGUGUAAGCAAAGAAAAGGCAAACAGAGACUUAAGACUUUACUCCUCGACACCUGAAAGGAAAUUGUAUUUCUUUGCUUCUUUACACCUGAACUAACUUCUGACAUGACAUUCAAAAUGUGGUUUUAUUGAACAAACUAUAAUCAAACACAACCUCAAGUUACAUAUUUUCCUAUUAAAACACAAAUCCAUGUGAUCCAGA